AGCAAACUUUGACUGUCUGCUAUUGGUGUUUGCGAUUGCAUAGUAUUGCGGUCUGCGAUUUGGGUGUUCGAUUUAGAAAGUAAAUUCGUGCUUUUUAUGACAAAAACCCUAUUUUAAAACUAAUAUUUACACGUUUUUAUAUAAAAAGUAAAUAAAUAUAUACACUACGGUACAAAUUAAUAAGCAAUAGUGAAUUAAAAGUAUUCACGUAUAAUCGAAACAAGUGCCUAAACGUUUUUACAAUUCUUUUGUUAUUUUUAAUAAUUAUAAUAGGCUCUCAGUAACUUUAUUGAGUGUUUAAGUGUUUUGAACUGGUAUUGCGAUGGUCCGAGCUGUUUUCUAGCAUCGUCCAGUGCUAUAUAACGUUUUGCAUGAGGUCACGACGGCGCUGCGGUAUACGCAUGGAAGCCCGGCGAACUGCUGACCACGCGCUGCACACGUUGCGCGCGCAGUUUCGCCGAGCGUUGCCGGAAUGGACCGCGCGCGCCUCUCGCCGUCGCCGGAUCGCGCGAAUAAUAGGCCGCUCCAAGGAGGACCCAGCGGAACCGUCGACACGUCCGUCCCGCCCGCGGAGGCCUUAAACGACCCAGAGACUCCGCGGCCCGCGCCGCAUGCGCUGCCUUGUAUUCCCGAGAGCGAGCCCCUGCUCCGCGACCCGCUCAGUGUUAGUGAAGUGCCGCGAAAAAACGGACGAUUGCUCCACGUUCAGUUUGACGCUCAAUCACCCCCCGCGGCGGUCUCGGUUUCCAGCUCCAGCUCGAGCUCUGAUGAUGAAGACGUCUCCAUUGCAGAGGCUCGGCCCCCCGACGGGGGCUGGGGAUGGGUCGUCGUGUUUGCCUCUUUCAUGGUUAAUCUUAUCGCGGACGGUAUCACCUUCAGUUUUGGUGUGUUCUUUCCACAUUUUCUCGAGUACUUUGGCGAGGGUAAGGGAAAAACCGCCUGGAUUGCUGGCAUCUUUAUGGCGAUGCCGCUGCUAUCCGGCCCCAUUGCAAGUUUUCUGACUGAUAGAUAUGGUUGCCGGCGUAUGACCAUUUUUGGGUCCAUACUAGCAGCAAUAGGAUUUGUAAUCUCAGCUUUUGUGGACAAUAUGGAAACAUUGUUCUUGACGUUCGGAAUUAUGGCCGGUUUUGGAUUGAGUUUAUGUUACGUUGCAGCCGUAGUUAUAGUAGCAUACUAUUUUGAGAAAAAGCGAUCAUUAGCGACUGGAAUUUCUGUCUGUGGUAGUGGUAUUGGUACAUUUAUAUUUGCACCAUUGACGUAUGUUUUGCUCGAUGAGUACGGAUGGCGUGGUACUACACUCAUUCUAGCAGGAUUUUUCCUAAACAUGGCAGUGUGUGGUUUGCUAUUCAGAGAUUUGCCAUGGACAGCCACAAUGAAUGAAGAGAGGGCGAAAGAGCGAAAAAGAAGACGAGAAAGAAAACGAAACAAACGCUUUGGCUCUUCCGUUGAUAGUUUCUCUGAUAGUAAAAGUAGUGCUGCAGGUUCUAGUAAAGUAGGAGAUAAUGUAGACAUUGAAGCCGUGACAACAUCAAUUGUACCACAAUUCAGUUCACUUGUCGACUUACCUACUUUCAUGACAGGAGAUGAAGGUGUAUCCUUAGAAAUAUUUGAAAUGAUGUCUAACAAGGGACGUGCUUAUGCGAUUCUAGCUCAGAACUAUCCAGGCGUGAUGUUGCCAUCAAGGAGUUUUAGCGACAGCGGCCGCUUGCACGAACAAUCUCCGCCAAAGGCGCUUAUGUCACCUAGCUGUAUGUCCCCGGGACCAACAUCACCAGCUACCGCAUCCAAUGCAACAACGACAAAUACCUCAAGAGCGCCCCUUAAUGAUAAAGCAGCGUUAUCGCUGUGGCUUAGAAGACAAGGAGCUGGCUCCACUAAAAAGCCACCAGCGUUUUUGAAGGAUUUACGAAUACACAGACAUUCUUUGACGUAUAGGGGUGCUAUGCUCAAUAUUAAUCGUUAUAGAUUAAGAGCUUCGUCUUGUCCCAAUAUUUUCAGAAACUCCAUGACUACCAUUGCUAAAGAAAAGGUACAGUGGUACGCCGGUCUCUGGGACUUCUGGGACCUCGUCGUGGACGUCCUCGACUUCUCCCACUUCCGCAACCCCGCGUUUUUGGUGUUCGCCAUCUCGAACUUCCUGCUGUACAUGUGGUACGAUGUACCAUACGUGUACAUUGCGGAUAACGGUAUGAGCAUGGGUUUCAACGAAUCGCAGUCGUCUAUGCUGAUAUCUAUCAUUGGAAUCUUGAAUAUGUUUGGCGAGAUCCUUCUCGGCUGGGUGGGCGACUGGGAAUGCGUGAACCCCAGUCUAGUAUACGCCGGUUGCAUGGUGCUAUGUGGCAUCGUCACCCUGCUGGUGCCUCUCCUAACUUCAUACAUCACGCUAGCAGCCGCGUCUGGGGCAUUCGGCGCGUUCAUUGCGGCCAAUUACUCCUUGACCAGUAUCAUACUGGUGGAACAGAUAACGUUGGAGAAGUUCACGAACGCGUACGGGCUGUUACUGCUGAUGCAGGGUGUCGCCAAUCUGGUGGGACCGCCGCUCGCUGGUUGGGUGUACGACAUGACGAAUUCCUACGACCUAUCGUUCUACUUGGCGGGCGUGUUCAUAGGACUGUCGGGGCUGGUCCUACUCAUACUGCCGCUCGUGAAAAUCAGCAGGAGAUACAAUCGACGCAAGCGCAGACCAGUACACGAAGAUGCGAAAGUUAACGGCGUUGUGAAACAAAAUGGGAAGAUCAUGGCUUAAAUUCGUGUGAAGAUUUCAUAGAAUUGGGACUCGGAUUGGAAAUUUCAGUAGAAUUUAAUGAGUUGUGUGUUAUGGACGAAGUGGUGUUUGGUUAAAACGUGUUGGUUUAGAUCGCAUUGUUAAAUGAUAUGUGAGUUUACAGUUUCUUUCGUAAGUUUGUUAGAUAUAACAUUGAGUUGUCCUAAACUAACGUAUAUUUUCGGUAAAGUCAUGAGGCUAAUUAUUUAUAAAAUUAUGGUGUGUUAUGAUGAUGUAUUUGAAAUGAAAAAGCAUUAUUGGAAAUCGUGGUAACUUCUUUUUUCAUAAGCUUACGUUUAUAAGUACCGUAAGUGUACUAUAGUUGAUAUAUUGUUCUAAAAUCGUAUUUAAAGAUGGUUAAAAAGCGUUCUGCGUUAUAUGAGCCCAAACAACAUUUAUAAAUAAUCUGUUAAGUCAGUGUUAUUUAGUAUUUUUGAAGUAAUGAGUGAUGACGUCACAGCUCCUACACUAUCAGUAAUAUCUUUCAAUAUAUCAGUGGUCUAUGCCUUUAAUAUAUCGAUAUCGACGACAAACAUUGGAAUUUGAAUAAUUAUUUACUAUAAUUAUAGAAAUUUAUAUAUACAAACGUGACUGUUGGUCUAAGAGUAAACGCGAUAAGGUUUGGUAGAUUAGUGACUUGUUAAAUAAUUAAAUCGUGGAUAUAUAUUUACUAGGGCCUAUACCCAAAUAGGGAUGUAUAGGCUAAUGAAGAAAAUUAUCGCAAUAAGUAAUCACAAAUUAAAACCAAAUAUAAGAGACACCAAUAACAUGGUCACGACCACGUCAGUUCAGUCUUCCCAAUAUCUCCAUGGAAUAUAUUCUAAAUGAAAUUUUAAAUGGCCUUAGAAUCCCGUAGAAGUUACUAGAAUUUGCUAGAAAUAGAUAUAUAGUGGUUCGUAGUCAAUAUAGAUUCGAUAGUGUGGUAAGGAACCGUUGUAUAGUCUUGUUAGGGAUGCUCUCGUGGGAGUAUGUUGCAAAACAUAAAAGUGUUCGAUGAUUUUCAGUUGUUUAGAAUUUUCUCGAAAUAUUUAAUAUAUAUGUAUACUUUUUCUUGUAAAAUAGUAUUUGGUGCGUUGUUUGUGAAGUGGUUUUUACCACAAUGUUCAUUUAUUUCAAUUGAAAUCAUGUUUUUAUAUACUGUAUUUGUAUUCGAAAAUAUUCAUAGGAAUAAGUUUUUGUUUGCAGCGGUCUGUUUUAGUCAAUGUAUGAUGGAAAUUGAAUUGCGUAUUUCCAGUGUGUUUAACGUUAGGAAAAGGAGAUGACAAGAGUGGAUUUAGGAAGUAUAAUAAUUGUAUAAGUAAUUAUAGUACAUUGGUACAACAUCGACGAUUCGUUUAUUGGAAAUAAGCAGUGAUAACUCAUAUUAAGCGUUAGAUAUUUUUCAAUGAUUAAACUGCAUACUGUUUCAAGGUUUUUUAUUAGAAUUGUGUGUCGAUAAUCAAGUAUGAAUUAAUUAGUUAAGUAUGUUAAGUAUUUAACGACAUGAAAACUUCAAGGCAUCUUAUUUUUCCUAUAAAGCAUGCUAACUUUUUAAGGAUUAAAUUUUGUGAGUACUUUUUGAUAACUUAUCUUAUAUCGUUUUUGUUUGAAACUAUCUGUGUGAGUAAAAAGAGAUAAAGUCAUACUGUUCCGCUCUAUCACUAUAGCAUCGUAAUAAACUAGAGCGAGACGCAACGAUCAUAACAGCUUACGCCUUUUCGAGUAGCUUUUCGAUUAGCUCUUAAUAUUUUUGAAAUGCUAAAGAAAGUAAAAUAAAAAAUUUAAAACUAUAAUUAAAUGAUCUGUUCACAUUAGAGUAAGCGCAAAACAGUAUAUUUAAACAAUUUAUUCUAGUUAUUGUAUUGCAAUUACAUGUUAAAUCGUUACGAAUAAUGAAGAAUAUAUUAUUAUAUCUUUAUAUUUACAUUACAGCUAAGAAGUAUUUCUUUAGUUGAUAACAUUUGAUCAAUCAAAAGCAAUAAAUUUACACUUUGUAUUGUAUAAGAUCCCAUAAAACACCAAAGACUGCCUCCUAUUUGAAGUUGUUUUCCAUAGAUAAUAGAUUGUAGUUUAUAGAAGAUGUUGCUAGUUCAAGGCAGAUAAUGGUGGAUACACACAAUCUAGUUUAUCGUCCAUUUUGCAUGAUACUCCGGGCUUGAUCAAUUUAACAAACCCAAUUGCAAUGUAUGAAAAUAAUAUGUUAAGAUAUCUUUUCAAUAUUUGAAUUUGAAAAAAAGGACCUGAAAUUCAUCACUUCUGUCAUUUUUAAGAAUUUUAUCAAUCAAAUUUAUAAAUAAGCGUUAUUUAAACAUGUAUUUGGCUUAGUUAAAAUCACAACUAAAUAAUUUUACUUGUUUUAGAGUGUGAAAGCUUUUCAUAUUUUAUGUAUAGCCAAAAGAGUCUUUCAUUGUGGUCGCACUGAUUAUUAAAUGGCCAAAUAAUUUGAAUUGUAAUAAAUAAACUUAUUACCUAAUUAUGCUAUGUAUAGUUUGUAUGUGGAAUGUUUUAGUGAUUGUCUAUAGUUUAUUAUAUAACCGAAGUUCCCAGAAACUAAUGAUUUUCUCAAUUCAAUUGUAUUUCUAUUUGUGUUAAAAACACACGGGACUUUAUCAAGUUUUUUACCUAUUGCCAUUGCAAGGUUUUUAACCUAUUGCCGUGAUUUAUUUUGUGUUUGAUAGUGAAUUGUUUUCAUUGUGUCUUAUUUUCGAAUCUGGAGUAGGACCCUUUUUGUAGAUAUUAGUUAUUUUUAAACAAUAUCGCUUUACGGAAAUACAAAUUGUGAUGCGUAUUUAAAUAUAUCUCAUAAUUUACGAGGAGAACCAUUGGUUAAUCUUAUGUUACAUAAUACAUAAGGCAGUGAGUCAGUGCGAUCACAUAGGAUGAUGACGUUGUAAAUUUUCUUUUUGAGUAGUUUGUAUUAAGUGCUUGAUAUUUAGUUGAAUUUUCAAUACCAUGACGUAAGAAGACAUACUUUAGCGUUAUUAGUAUAUUUCUUAUACAAAAGCAUUGUGUUUUAUCUUUUGCUUCGAAUGAAAAUUGUUCAAACGUUUUAUUGGACCUUAUUAAAUUGCAAAUAUAACGCCAAAAAUUAUUUUUUAAAUUCAAUUUCUUUUACCCUCUAAAAUUCUUGCCAAGACAUUUGUUCAAGAGAUAUUAUGCAGUAUGUGUGUAAGCUUUAUGGUGGCCAAAAUGAAACGGGUACAAAAUGUAUUAUGUAUAUUGUGUUGUGUGCGUCUUUAGUAAAAUUAUUUUUUGGUUUAUUUUUGUUUUAUUUUGUUUUUCUCGGGCUUAACAGCGAGAAAGAUCCGUUUCUUUCGGCUACGUUCUAUUCAUUCGAAUCUUUUUGGAAUAAAUUUGGUGCCACUUAAAAAAAA